UGAUACGUGGCUAGUACACCAGUCUGGAGUGAGCGUUUGUACCUCAGAGUAGUAGCACCACUCAUAACUCGAAGGACCGCAGCACUAACUCGCCACCAAGGAGUCCCACAACCACCGCCACCAUGUCGGACGUCUUCUCAGGAAUCAAGCAUUUGCUGCUGAAGACGGACGGAAUCUCCAUCGACAACAACAGCUUCAAGUUGCACUACAAGGCCACCACCUUUGUGCUCAUCGCCAGCAGUCUCUUACUCACACAGAAACAUUACUUCAGCGACCCCAUAGACUGCCUGGAGGUGGGAAGUGUGGCCUCAGACGUCCUGGACACCUACUGCUGGAUCACCGACGUGUACACGGUGCCAUCCCUGUUAGACGGUAAAAUCGGCAAGGAUUUCGCUCACGAAGGCGUCGGGAAAUCAAACCAAGGGGAUAGAGAUUACCACAAAUACUACCAGUGGGUGACUCUCUUCGUCUUCUUCCAGGCACUCCUGUUCUACGUGCCUCGCUACAUCUGGAAGAUAUGGGAGGGCGGCAAGGUGAAGAUGCUGGUGUCGGAGCUGAACACGCCUAUCGUGGACGAAGACGUGAAAAAGAAACGCCUGGAUUUGAUGGUUGACUACUUCAACAUCAACCUGCACCAACACAAAGCCUACGCCAUCAAGUACAUCGUCUGCGAGAUCCUCAACUUUGUCAACGUCAUUCUACAAAUAUUCUUCACUGACUUGUUCCUUGGCUUUGAGUUCAGGAAAUACGGGACAGACGUGUUGAAUUUCACGGGUCAGGACAUCGGGACGCGGCACGACCCCAUGGACCGCGUGUUCCCCAAGGUGACUAACUGCAUCUUCUACCAGAUGGGUAGGUCGGGCAGCUUCGAGAAGGAAACCACUAUGUGUGUCAUGCCGCUCAACGUGCUCAACGAGAAAAUAUUCAUCUUCCUCUGGUUCUGGUACAUCAUCGUGGCCGUGUUGACUGGUCUGGGCCUUGUGUACCGCCUGGCCACGCUGUCCCCAUUGGUGAGGAAGACGCUGCUGAGGGCCAGGUCCCGCCUCACCCCCUCUGUGGCCGUGGACCAGGUGGCCAGCAAGUGUCACUACGGAGACUGGUUCAUCCUCUCUCAUCUCGCCAAGAACAUGGAUCCCCUCAUUUUCAAGGACUUCAUGCUAGGUCUAGGCAAGAAAUUCAAGGGUGUGGAUGAUUAAGAGCGACGAGGCCAUCCAUCAACAUCUACAGGGGUCUCUUCUCUCGCGCCACCCCACCCUGUCCCUCCCUUCGCCUCCAUGCAACAGAAAACGAAGAACUUGCCUUGUGUUGUCGCGUUUGUCCCUCCGCCGCGCUUCUGAGGACAAAGAAAAUGGGACGAAGAUUAGUUAUACCGCCGGGAGAGAGAGAGAGAGAGAGAGAGAGAGAGAGAGAGAGAGAGAGGAACUAUAUCAUUCUCCUUCUUUGUCAAAAUGAAUAUUCUUUGUAGCAUUAUGUUUUACUUAUCACUGAGAGUUACGUGUGAAAUGUGUGUGUGUGUGUGUGUGUGUGUGUGUGUGUGUGUGUGUGUGUGUGUGUGUGUGUGUGUGUGUGUGUGUGUGUGUGUGAUUUCUCUAGAGAUUAAAUGUGUUAGUUGUUAUAUAAAAAGGAGAAAAAUAACUGUAGUGUUAUGUAGAUAUUGUAAUGCUGUUCUAUUCUGUAUACAUUCCCUGCGUGUUGCCUUCCAGAGACACGCAGACAGACAUUCCAGAGGUGGUUGUGUCCUUCCUUUAUUCUGUGUGAGCGUUGAAUAAACAUCUAAGAGCUAA